AAUCUAUUUUGGUUAGGCUUAUUUAUCAGAGCAUGUUGCCUGUUUCUCCUGAGAUCUGGCAACAAUGCCGCCGGCGCGCGAGUCAAAGCGCGAGACUUUGCAGAGCAGCAGUGAAUCGGACGGAGCGAACAACACGCGUUGUUUCCAUGGACUACAGGAAUAUCUCGUUUCUUGUUCCCUUCGUUUCUACGUUUGUUGCAAUCGACCCUUACCGAUUACUGCCACUUUAGUUCCUUUUAAUGCCCUAAACCGGUUUUGCCUCUUGUUUUUCUUGUCGGACUGUAAUUCAUUGGGCAAGUUAAGUGUUGGCGGACAUCAUCACCGUUGUUUCAGGACUGGACAUCAUAAUAUCUUGGAUGUUAGAUGAGCGAAAAGUUACGUUUUGAACCUGCAGAAGGGUUUUCUGCUCCAGCGGGGAAGUACAACACGACUUUUGUCUGCCGAAGGACUGAAUUAUUUGUACCGGGUGGAUGUUCAUUUUUUCAGCAUGAGUAAAAAUACAACUUAAAUACAUUGACAAAUACUAAUGUUGCGGUUUAUGGAGAACCAUUUCUAAAAAAAAAAAUAAAUAAAAAAAAAAAGCGCCCGCAGUGGACCUGGCGCCCCGCAUCAAUCUGCCUGCACUUCAAAUCAUUUAACUUCACCACAAUCAUAAUAUUGUUGUAAAUUCAUCCCAAAUCAGAUUCAUAAAUUGACCAUAUGGCUUUGCCUUCUCAAAUCUGACAAUACUUAAGACUUUCAGUUGAGGUCAUUGCCUCCUUUGAAUGGAACAAAAGGAGGUUGAUGUUUCUGAAUCUGCUUUUUUCAUACAAACAUUCAGAGAUUUGUGCUCCGAGUCUUUCAGAUGUGGAUGUUGCGGUCACACCAUCUCCUCAAGUACAGGGGGAUCUAGUGAAGUUCAGCCCCCCACCAGUCUUUUGUCUCUGUUAGGUCCCGUUCAUUUGUCUUGUAGGAGGAACAUGGGAGUCCAGACGAGGGGAGCCUGGGUGGCUAUGGCGUUCUCGGACUGGGUCAGUGGAUUGGGAUUUCUCUUAAUCUUCCUGAUGAUGAGUUUAGCAGUGGAUGCGACCAACUUGGAGCCAGUCUACUGGAACUCUUUAAACCGAAGGUUUGGAGAUGAGAGGGGCUAUAUAAUCUACCCUCAAAUAGGGGAUCGUUUGGACCUUGUGUGUCCUGCCACAAGUCCCUUGGGGCCAAACUCUCCCCCUGAGUAUGAGUAUUAUAAACUGUACCUGGUGUCGUCACGAGAGCAGGCCGACAGGUGUGAGGUGAUGGGCGCCCCCAACCUGUUGCUUACCUGCGACAAACCCAACAGCGAUAUGAGGUUUACCAUCAAGUUCCAGGAGUAUUCGCCCAACCUGUGGGGUCACGAGUUCAAAAACUUACGAGACUACUACAUUAUAGCUACCUCUGACGGUACAAAAGAAGGGAUCGACAGCAUGAGAGGAGGCGUCUGCGUGACACGAGGGAUGAAGUUGAUUCUCAAAGUGGGACAGACUGCAUAUGGCCUUCCCCCAAAGCCCAAACCUGAUCCGGGCCGACCUAACAGCAGAACCCCAGAUACAGAAAGUGGAUCUAAAGGGGGUGAUGGAGGUGAGGCUGGUGAGAGGGGAGACAGCGGCGCCGUAUCCGUCUCUAACAUCGCCCUAAUCGCCGGUGGUGCAGGGGGAGCCUUUGUCCUCCUGAUUGCUGUAGUGAUUGCUGUGGUGUGUUACCGCCGACGGAAGGCCAAGCACUCUGAAACUCACCACCCUGCCCUUACACUGUCCUCUCUUACCCCAAAGAGAGGCAGCUCCUGCGGGGCGGCAACUGGGGCUGGCGGGGGCAACAAUAACGGCUCCGAGCCUAGUGAUAUCAUCAUUCCCCUGCGGACCUCUGACUCUGCAUACUGCCCCCAUUACGAAAAAGUCAGCGGCGAUUACGGACACCCCGUUUACAUCGUUCAAGAGAUGCCCCCUCAGAGUCCAGCCAAUAUUUACUAUAAAGUAUGAGAUCAGCGAACACAAAGACAACCCAUCCUGACUUUAUCGAACCUCACACACGUUCGCUAUGUUCAAGUGACUCUAUAUGUAAGAGCCUAUAUGCGUUACUAGAACGUGGACCUGAAGUUGAGUUGAUCGUACCGUCUAGAAAAGCGGUAAAUACAGCUUUUAUGUCAUAGCAGCGUGUUUGCGGUUAUUUACACGUGUGUGUUUCUGUGUGCGACGUGAGGCGGGCAGAUCACGGAUUUCACAUGGGCUCAGGUGCAAGUGAAUGUACUUCACAUGCCUGUUUGAGACGAGUUUAUACGUCCGUUCUGAUGGUCGGAACUGAAUUAUUGUGCUUAUCCUGAAAACCAAACAGUAGAGAGUGAGACUUUUAAGUGAUUCAUACUUUUAGAAAAAAAAUACCUGUAUAAAUAAUAUAAACACUUAAUACGGUUUUAAACUUUGGGGGGAAAUCCACUAAUUGCGUUGCAUUGAUUGUGUGGUUUAUUUGCACAUGCUGUCUGCAUUGUUUUAGCACCCCAUUCACUAAAGCAAGAGAUCUGAACACAAUUUUUACACCACAGUAGUUCCCUAUCUUGCAGGCUGAAUUGCAGCCUAGCACAAUCUGCCAUACUUUGCUAAGACUGUACACCAUCACUAAGAUCCAGACUUUUUAAAAUGCCAAAAAUAUUUUCACACUCCAUUGUGCAUCUUAAUAUGGUUCAGUUUCUCCAUAACUUGAUAAUCAUUUGAUGAAUUUCUGCUGCCAUUAUCACUAGAAAAUGUACAAAACAUCUAAAUAUUAGCACAAUGCUAAUUGCAUUUUUUGUCAGUUUUCGAUACCACUCAAAUCAGAUGUCAUCCUGAUGGGAUCUGGUGAAGAAACUGGAUCCAGUUUUCCUUGCGCUUUGGAAGGAUUUAACAUUUUUGGCGUAGUCGGCAGGAUCUACAGUAUUACAAAAUGUUUUUGUGCAUUCUACAAUAAGGCUAAUUUGCAUAAAAAGGAGGCAUGUUUGUGCUAAAAAGAAAAAAAAAAAGUGAAAAAAAAAACGUAUCGAAAUAUUUUAAAUACUAUUCCAGUGCAGAUUGUGGCUUGUUAAACUGGAUUGUGGAUGAUUAGUGAAUGAGACGCAGAGUGUUCCGCACGCAACCGUUUAGUGAAUUCACCCCUCUUUAUUUUCCUUUUCUCAUUUCAUCUGAUUGUAAAUGUUUGUCUUUUCUGAACUCAGACCUCUGUCUGAUUUAUUUAUUGUGCAUCAAAGAAGCAGUUUUUCAUUCCUUCCACUUCAUCAGCUUCCUAUCACAACUCCUCAGCGCCUGGGUGUUUGUUUUUGAGGUUUUUUAAACAUUUUUAUGUGAGGAGCAGGAAUCGCAUGUGGAGGAGGUGUAGAUGGAUGAUCGACUACUUCAGAUGGAGACUCUUCUGAGAUUUCCGAGAGGUUGGAGGUCAAAGUUAAGCGUUCGAAGAAAAAACCCUCAGAGCUGUGCGGGAGUCCGUCACUAUAUGAUGAUUUGAGGGCUUCUCGUUUUCUGCCCGGGCUUUUGAAGUACUGUGUAUGCCAUGAUGAACUGCUUGCUUACCGUAGACACACAAUA